ACCGAGAGCGGGAUCCUCCUGGAUCCGGACAUCCUGCGGGAGGAGUCGGUGCAGGCGCUGGUGCUGAACGUCCUCGCGACGCUGGUGCGGAACUCGUCCGACGAGGCGGAGCUCCGGAUCCUCUAUCAGUACCUGGCGGAGGCCUCGGUCGUGUUCUCCCGCGUCUUCUCCGUCAUGUACGUCCUCGACCUCCUUCUUUCUCCCCGGGGAGAGGGCAGCGGAGUCGGUUUGGCUCCUCAGCCUUUUGCCUGUCCUCUGGCUGGGAGCAAUUCCUUGCUGGACGCCAAGAUCACGUCGGUGCUGUCGCUGUGCCACGACGCCGUGAUCCUGGGUGCCGUCCAGGCAAUCAUCCAGAACAUGGUCGCAUCCGAGGAUGCCUCCCUCCAGAGCAUCCACUACCUGCAGAGCAUCGGGUUCGGAGGGCUCUGGCGUUUCGCCGGCCCCUUCUCCAAGUUCAUCUUGGAGACAGGUGGGGACUUGGUGCUGAGGUGA